AUGGCGAAAGACAAGAAGAAGGGCGACAAAGCAGCCGCCAAAGCAGCAAAGGCAGCAAAGCAAGAGAAAAAGGCCGGCAAGAAAGACAAGAAGGUGGCAUCGAAGAACAAGGAUGCAGAUUCAGACACUGAAUCCGUGGAUCUUGAUGCGGUGCUGGCGCAGUAUGCGAAAGAGCAGGAACUGUACAACGAGAUUACGGAAACUGCCUGCGAGCCACCAUCACCGAGGUCGUCCAGCACGCUGAUCGCCAACCCAGCAAAUGAAAACGAGAUCUUCAUGUACGGCGGCGAGUACUACAACGGUGCCGUUGCACAUUUCUACAACGAUCUGUUUGUCUACAACAUCAAGCGAGACACCUGGAACAAAGUCACGAGCCCUAACUCGCCGCUGCCACGUUCAGGACACGCCUGGUGCAGAGCUGCGAACACACAAGAGAUCUACCUAUUUGGUGGCGAGUUCAGCUCUCCCAAGCAAGGCACGUUUUAUCACUACAACGACUUCUGGAAGCUUGAACCCAAGAGUCGGGAAUGGACGCGUGUAGAGACGAAAGGCAAAGCAUCUAGUCCGCCAGCAAGAAGUGGACACCGUAUGGUUGGCUUCAAGCAGUACAUUAUCCUAUUUGGCGGUUUUCAGGACACCUCGGCGACUACAAAGUAUCUGAACGACCUGUGGAUCUACGAUUGUGUCAACUUCACGUGGCAUACACCAAAACUGCAAGCAGCACGAGCAGUUCCAGAUGCACGAUCAAGUUUUACCCUGUUGCCACACGACCAGGGCGCCGUUAUCUACGGUGGAUACUCGCGAGUAAAGACUACUGCAGGUGGUAACAAAGGACAACAACAGCAGCAGCAAGGCAAGGGCAAGAAAGGUGGUGGUGGCGGCCCAUCAUCUCGAAUGGUGCUGAAGCCGAAGGUGCACGUUGACACCUGGUUCCUCCGUAUCACACCACCGCCUGCUGACCAACCCUCUACAACACUCCCCACAGUUUCGUGGGAGAAGCGCAAGAUGCCCGCGAAUGCACCAAAUCCUGCACGUGCAGGUGCCACUAUGGCAUUUCACAAGGGGCGUGGCGUAUUGUUUGGUGGUGUGCAUGACGUCGAGGAGAGCGAAGAGGGCAUUGACUCCGAGUUCUUCAACCAAAUGUUUGUUUGGAACAUCGAGCGAAACAGAUACAUGCCGCUCACUCUACGACGACCGAAAGCCAAUGCGAACAAGAAGGCAGAAAAGCAGGCGAACGUCAGCCGCCGCGCGCGUGGAAAAGCUGACGAGGAAGAGUUGCUUGCCAACCUCAAAGCUUUGGAGAUGAAGGCUGGCGGUGUUACUUCGCUGGAUUCCGAUGGUGAGGCAGAGAAGGUUAAAGAGGAGGAAGAGGAGGAGGACCAACGCCCUGAGAAGCCGCGUGCCUACGAAUUCCCGCACCCGCGCUUUAACGCCGCCCUAGCCGUCCAAGCGGAUACGCUCUACAUAUACGGCGGCACCUUCGAGAAGGGCGACCGAGAAUUCACUUUCGACGAGCUCUGGUCCGUGAAUCUGAACCAUCUCGACGGCGUGCAGGAGAUCUUCAAGCGCGAGCUGGAGGACUGGCAAGGCAGCGACGACGAAGCCGAUUCAGAAGACGAGGACGACGAAGACGACUCGGAAGGCGAAGACGAAGAAGAUGGGUCCGUCCCCUCAACAGCCCCAACAAGUGUCAUCGACUCCCCCAUCGUCGUUCCUUCCAAAGACACCGCAGACGAAGACCUUGGUACCAACGAAGAGAUCUCUGCACUUACCGAUGGGCUGCCGCAUCCGCGGCCUUUCGAGACCUUGCGCGACUUCUACUCCCGGACGUCAGAGGCAUGGAUUAAUCUCACGAUUGAGGAUCUGGAUAGGAAGAAGAAGAUGGACGAGUACGGGCCAAAAGAGAUGAGGCAGCUAGCAUUCAAAGAAGCGGAGGAGAAGUUCUGGGACUGCAGAGAGGAGAUUCGUGCACUGGAGGAUGAGCAGGAAGCCGCGGGUAUCGGGGAGGUGGUUAGUUUGGCGGAUAAGGAAACUGGUGGGGCUGGGGUUGGUAGGAGGAGGUAG